ACAUUUGGGUCGGAUGAACCCGAUGGGUUUACCGGAUUUGUCCGGGCGGGUUUUAAACCCAUGGUAAAGCAUACAGAAGUUUACAACCUCGAGUCCACUGCCACUCGCAGGAACUCAGGAAGGACCUCUGGAACAUAACAGAACUGCUCGCCUAUCCCAACCUGCGACAAGAGACGGAGAAGUUGAGGGAGCGAGAUGCCGUUGAGUGCAACCUUCAUCGGAGCUCUACUGGGAUUUGGCACCCAGAUGUACUCCAAUGCUCUCCGCAAACUCCCCUACAUGAGGCAUCCGUGGGAGCACGUUCUGGGUAUGGGACUUGGGGCAGUGUUCGUGAACCAGCUUGUAAAAUGGGAUGCUAAGCUUCAAGAGGACCUUGACAAGAUGCUUGAGAAGGCCAAAGCCGCCAACGAACGCCGUUACUUUGAUGAAGAUGAUGAAUAGCCCUGGUGGUCGUGGAAUGUGGCUUCUUCAGAAGUGGUAUUUAAGUAUUUGGAAUAUGGUAGGUGCCAACUAGUGUGUGUAUGUUAUACGGGGGGGCUAUAGAUGCCUGCUUGCUUUUAUAUCUUCGACUGCUGUCUGCUGCUCCCUGGCUGUAACACUGUUGUUCUCCAUUUCUUCCAAGUGAACUUGGUAAUGCAUUUGUAAUGUAACCGCAUAUUGCAAAUCCAGCAGCCAGCGCUAACUGGAAUCAAUUGAAUAACUUUUCUGGCACAAACAUUUUUUUAAUUUAAUAUAAGAGCCCGAUUGAAACA